UUGCUUAACCCGUACCGUACCGUCCGUAUCGUAUCUACCGGUUCUCUGUUUCCUCGCGCGGUCAAUCACAUGAGAAUCCCUUCAAAGCGCCAUCAUCGGAAUAUGGCAUUCUUGCCGAGGAAAUUGGUUUAGUGUUUCGGUUCUUUCUUUUCUUAUGUGAUGUCGUCGGUUGGUUUUUACGCCCGGUAACGCAAUACGCAAACGCCUCAGUUUCAAAUUUAUAGCUCAAAUUUGUUUACUUUAUGGUGACAGAUAAAGGAAACUAAUCCGACGCAAGCUCAUUCAUUUGUGAUAACAAAUAUACUAAUGUGCACUGGAAUUCUUCCUUCGCCGUACUACUACCCACCUAAUCACAACGAAGUAGAGAGGCAAGCUUCAGCCUAACUGACUCUUCAAAGAAAGCAAAAAAAAAAAUCCCGGAGAGCCAAGAGCGAGCUGUAAACAGCAACCAGCCAGCAGCAGCAACGUUUCGGGAGCGAUUGGUUUGUUGGAAGCGAAAAUUUGAAGCAUCAUUCACCCAAAACCUAGUCAGUUGCCGGCGCGAAGCGAACGUUUUAGGAUCAUAUUCGGCUUAAGUCACCAACAUCACCUUUCGGAGCAAGGAAAAUCAUCUGCUACAACGGAAUGAUGGGACUGUUACUCAAAUCGUUGCUUCUAUUCGCACUAUCCCUACUAGUAUUCGUCGCCGCCAACACUGGCAAUGAGCUACCCACCGACCUUAAAGAUCUCAAGGAGCUGGACAUCGAAAAGCUGAAGGAACACCUGCCGGAGGGCUUCAUUCCGGCGGAAUUCGCCAACAUGACCCUGCCCAGCAUGGAGGACAUUCAGCGCAUCGUCAAGGACAAAUGCUCCAAGGUUGCGGGAAGCGAUGCCGCCUUCGAGCAGGCCGAACAAGCCAGCCAGCGGUUCGGCGACUGUAUGAAGGAUCUGGUCGACUUCAGCGACAUCCAGAACGAAAUUCAGAAGGCGAAGCCGACUGGGGAUUUGGAUACAGUAUUCAACAAAUACUGCCGAAGGCGGUCGGCAGCCAUCGAAUGCAUCAACACUUACUCGAACGAUAUCGAUGUGUGUCUGGAUGAUGAUGAGAAGGACAGCAAACGAAUUAUGGUCAAUAUCGUGCAUGGGCUGCUGAACUUCGUUUGCCACAAGGAUGGAGAUCAAAUUGCACUUUUCAUCGCCGAGGAAGGACCAGAGUGCUUCCAGGAACAGAAACAACCGUUGAUCGAUUGUUUCAACACAACCCUGCGAGGAUAUUUGGAUGAAACCGGCGGAGAUCAACCACCCCAAGGCAUCCCCAAACUGGUCAUGGGCAAACGACAGUGCGACGAUAUGGAUAACCUGAAAAACUGCUUUGUUCGAGUGCUGGAAGACUGCCGGGAAUCUACACCGGCAAACUUGGUGGAAUCCUUGUUCAAAUUUGUCCGAAAAGAGACACCGUGUGCCAACUUUACUACGCCAACGACAAGCAGAAAAAACUCCGGUGACACCGGUAGAGCUUCCAUCAACAUAAUUCUAACGACGUGGAUGUUUGCGUUGGUAGCAAAGUUCCUGAUACAGUGAUAAUAUUUUAGGUUUAAAAAAAUAGAUUUUUAACCACAUUUUAACGAGAUUCCGAUGUGGCAUCAAAAUUUAUCAGUUUUGGAAAUUUAUUAACAAAAAAAAAAUAAGUAGGUAGAACAGUUUUGGGCUGCUUUCAAUCGAUAUUCAUUCGGGAGGGUAAUUGUGAUCGAAUAGUUUUUGAAUUGUACAAAAUUUCUUCCAAUAAACACACGAAAGUAUUUUAACUUUUUAUCUGUU